AUGGCGAAAAGAGGACGUAGAGGUGAAAUCAAACAAGAACCUGAAGUCGACGAGCUUGAGGAUGUCAAAGUUGAUGAAGUAGAAGAUGACGUGAAUGAUGAAUACGUUGAAGAAGAGGAAGAAGCAGCUGAGGAAGACGAGGAGGAGGAAGAAGAAGAUGAAGACGUGGACGAAGAUUCCAUAAUCAAACGUCGAUCCAGGAAACGAAAAUCAUCUUCUCGUGAUGUUGACGAUGAUGAAGAGGAUGAACCUGAAGAUGAAGAAAACCAAGACGAAGAGGAGGAGGAAGAAGAAGAAGAAGCAACUCAAGAGCCUGAAGAUGGCGAAGUCAAGCAAGAACCAGCAGAGGGAGAAGAAGUCAAGACUGGACCAAAAAAACGAGGAAGAAAGCGUACUAAAUUCACUGUGUUGGAAGAAGGUGUGUUUGAUGCUGAUGGGAACCCAAUUAGUGUCAUUGACGAUGAAGUUGUUAUCAAUCAUGAAGAUCCCAAGGGAAAAGAAAAGAUUGAUGAAUUUGGGAAUUUACAAGGUGGCCGUGAAUUCCGAAUGAAGACAUUCAAAUUGUUAGGCAAAGGUGAUAAAUUGUAUAUGAUAUCGACUGAACCUGCCCGGUUGGUUGGAUUCCGUGAUUCCUAUCUUUUAUUCAAGACUCAUAGAACAUUAUUCAAGAAAGUGUGUACCCAUGAAGAGAAGAUGGACUUAAUAAACCGUGGAUUGAUUCCUAAUUCUUACAAAGGUAGAUCGGUUAACUUAGUUGCCGCUAGGUCUAUUUUCCGUGAAUUUGGAGCUAGGAUGAUUAAACAAGGUAAGAAAGUUAUUGAUGAUUUCUGGGAACAACGAGCAAUUGAUGCCGGUGAUAUCGCUGGAGACUAUGCUGAUCCAAAUGAAUUAUUUCCUAAUCAAAGUAAACUUUCCACUAUAUUUGGUGAUGGGGUUUCUGUGGGCAGUGGAGGUGGUGCAACCCCGUUAACUGCUACACCUAUUGUUAAUUAUCAGUCUGAUCCUUCUUGGAUGUAUCAAAUUGCCAAGCAGACCCAAGAAUAUAAUCAUAAAUUAAUGGAACAUCGUUCACAAUUGAUGAAUAAAGGUGUUAAGGAUAUAUAUUCUAAUUUGACCUUUUAUCCUGAAUCCAGUCAACCAACUCAUUAUAAGGUAUAUAAAUAUGAUGGUGAAACGGAACCAGGAUUAAAAUACAACGUGAAAAUGGUAGGCCUGGUUAAACCAGUAACGGGAUUACUGAAACUUUCCAAGGAGUUAUUAGCGGAAAUUGACGAUGAGGAAAUCAAACAAGCAAUUAUUGAUCAACAACAAUAUGAAGCCAGUUUGUAA